AUGGUCAAGAUAAAGAAAAAGACAGACUUGCUGGCAGAACAAUUGGGAUAUCCCCAUGAGGACAUGUCCAGGGCAAAGAGUGAAGCCAAUGAAGAGACCAACAAGGAGGCUGUUGUAGUCAGCAGGAUUGAGAAUGUGGACAGGAACACAAAUAGUGCCCAGGACAUUCUGGAUAGAGUUCCUGGGCCCUACAAGAAUCCUGCCAAGAGUGGGGCGCUGGAGGUCCCACAGGAGGUGGCUGUGGCUGAGCAUUGCCUGGGUAUAAAGGGGCAGGCUGAGGGGCUCGGACUACACAGCACAGUGCAUUCCUGUGCUCACCUUCCUGCUCCUCUCUCCCCAGAGUUAAAGGACCAUGGCUUUGGCUCCUACUUCUAUGUCAAGGGCGAAGAGCUAGGCAAGAUCCAGGCCAUCCGAGUCUUCAAGGGGAUCUCGGGUCUCAAGAGCGUCCAGCUGCGGGUCGGCGACCAGUGGAGCCCGCGCUACGGGGCUCCCGGCGGGCGCGCGCAGGAGUUCCGGCUGCAGGAGGGCGAGCGCGUGACCGCGGUGAACCGCAGCGGGAGCAACUGCAUCAAGCACCUGCGCCGGACCACCAGCAGGGGGCGCCAGGCGAGCUUCGGACGCCCGAUCCGUGUGAGGUUCGAGGUUCACCCCUCAGCCCCUGGCCAGCAGCUCCUGACUGCCAAUGGCCAGCACUCCUCACUUUGCCUCUCGGGAAUCGGCUUCAAGUUGGGGUUUGCCCCCCAGAAGCUGUCCGCCCGGGCACCCACUGUGACGCCUCAAGAGCCAACCACAGGCCUUGGAGAAUGUCUCUGGCACGCGCCUUGCCUUCCCACUGAGUCUUCCCUUCUGGAUAACCAGACCUGGCUGAGACCGGAAAGCCCCGGCUUGGAUUCUGGAGGGGCCCCGGGCCAGGUCCCACAAGGCCACAGAGGCUCUGAAACCCCUAGUCGAAUAAAGUGUCUGCAGCAAUGCGCGCCCGAGUGGUCCACUGCCAUCAAGAGAAGCAGACUGGGGGACUGGGAACCUGGAGUGCUGGCGCACGCCCGAAAUCCCAGCACUCCGGGAGGGAGCACGAUUGCAAAGGCGAACCCAGCCUAG